UUUCUGACAGCUCAGGAGUACGGCUUUCCUUGCAGUGUGCUGAAUUACUCUCUUAUGAUGGCGGAGAAGUCACGUGGAUCUGACAGCCCUCAAGGAAGCCAGGAAAAGAGCAGGAGAGACAUCCUGAGGUCCACCAAGAAGGCAUGGGCUCCCCUGGAUGAGCAGCUGCCUCCCGGCUCCAAGGAGGAGAGCCAGAGUGCAACCGUCCCCAUGCUGGAAGGUUCCAAACAAGAAAGUAUUCAGCAGUGGCUGGACUCUGGAUUCUUUGUCACUGUAAAUGAAAACGUGCAUCAAGUCACCAACAACGCAGUUUUUGUGCAUGAGCAAGGAACGGUUCAAAUGACUGUGCAGGACUACAAGAGGUCUCUGCACCAGGUUUCAGAAACUCAUAUCCUAUCCAGAGGGACCAGUUUCAACUCUUGCCAUUCUGCUGGAAGUGUGCCACAAAGCAUUCCUGAAUGGCUAGAAUUUUGGGAAGAAGAUCCAGUGGAGUUUCUCUUGGAUCUGGGGUUUGGUGCUAAUGAGCCAGAUACCUGCACGCAAAUCCCAGCCAGAUUCCUGGGCUGUGACUCAGCAGCCAGAGGAAUCAAUACCCAUGUUUUCCUUGAAGCUCAAAAGCAGCGAAUGGACAUUGAGAACCCUAACUUGUGUGGCCGUUUCCUACAGCUGGAAAUCCUGGACCACGUGGCCACUGCCUUCUCAUCUUUGCUAAGCGAUGUUAACAUUCAGCAGAACAAAGCUGAGGAGCAAGAUGGAGGGGAAAGGGUGCAAGUAUCCUCAGAAAGUGGAACCAAAGAGCAUCACAGAAGAAUGGGUGAACUUUUCAGGAGAGCUUCAAAGCAGACCAGUAGAAGGAACUGUAGUCCAGAAGCACCGAAGUCAUUGGGGAUGAGGGAGGAAUUUUCCAUCGCCUCUGCAGAACCAGGGGAACGUGGAGCAGAGUUACCAGCUGGGACAAACAACCAUGACCAAAGUCAUUUGUCUCCUUUGGCAGAGCAUUGGUCUCUCCAAGCCUGUGAUGACUUGAUGCCUUGUCAUCCUUCCCGAGCUCUUCUGAAAAAGCAGUGGCCUUACUCACCCAUGCUAGCCAAGCAGGCUUCUCUUUCCUGUGUGUCUGAAGGGUCAUUCAAGGACAGAGUGCGAAAAGAAACCUCAAUUCAGACGAACAAACUCAAGAGCAUGUCUCAUCUUGAGGGCAAAACACCAGACUCCUUUGAAAUGGAAGAGGUCCAGAGCUUUGAAGAAGAGACUGGUAAUCCUUUCGACCUGGCUUCAGGAAUUAUAGGUGCCACAGUGAUCAGAGCAAACAGCUGCCAGUCUGACAGCAGCGGGUUCCUGGAGGAGCCACCAGAACCUCCACCCCUGCAGAUGCCUUUCUUACCAGGCAGCCAGGGUCCUGCUGAGAAUGGAGGUAGAAAGCCAGUGGACCAGAGCCAGUGUUUCGUGUCAUCCCAGGACUGCCGGCAAGAGUCAGAUGAGUUUGAUUCCAAGAGUAUUGUGAGCACAUCUUUCUCAAGUCAAGAGUGGAGUGCCUUGGAAGCAAAGGCCUCUACGUGUGUGGUAGAGAAAGCAUCUCAGUGUGAGGUGGUGGAGAGGACACCAGAACUGUUGACCCCGGAUGUGACCCUUGACAAGGCCCCCAUGGGGCGAGAACACCCAAGGGCAGCCGUCCAUCUGAGGCAGCACCCGCCCAUGCCCCAAACUGAACACGGGGCCAAUGUAGAUAUGAUUUCCUCCAAAGGUGACUGUCCUCUCGGGUUUAUGGUGACACACAUCACAGAAGUGAAAGAUGGGUUUCUGAGGCCUGAGGGAGUUGGUGCAGUGUAUGUGCAAAGCCACCACUGUGAGCCUCAAUGGUCACCUGGAACUGAUCACACUCAAAACAAGUUUCUUCAUGUUGACUCUGAGGCCCCAAGAGGAGCGGAAAGCAGUGAACUCUGUUCUGACAUCAACCACAGCUUACUGACCCGAGAAAGUCCACCACAGCAUGUCCACAAGUCCCGCGAAGUCAUGCCCUGUACAGUUGACCUUAUUCAAACCCCUGAAAAGUUCAUUCCCCACCUAGAUGAGCUGUCUGGAGGUCCUACGCCCCAAAUGAAUCCAAAGUAUAAUGUUUCAGGUCAAAUGCCAUCUGGGGCAGAAUCUGAGAUGGGAAAUCUUCCUCCAAAUGCUGACUCAAACUCUGUUAGUUCCAAGUCUGUGCAAAUCCAGAUGUCCUCCAGUCUGGCGCUGGCUGCUCAGAAUGCAGUGGCCUUGGGAACUGACUGUAGAAGAACAAUUUUAGAAUGCACUGUGUGUGACCCUGUUACCACAACAGAGCCAGGACUGGGGACAGAAGCAAGACAGCUCAAUGACGUUUCUGUUCAGACUUGCAUAUGUGAGCCCAGGUCCCAGCCCCUCACCAGGUCUGUCUCUCUAGACACAGGCUUCCCCAGUGUCCCCCCAAUGGGCACCUGCCAUGCUGUGCCUGCCCGCUGCUGCGUCUGCUAUCAUCACCAACCCCACUGCCACUUGGCCUGCAGGCAUUGCCCCUUCUCACAGAGCCAUCCGGAAGCCCAGUUCAGGAAGACUUUGAAAGUCCUGCAGGACACAGCAGUGAGGGAGCUGUGUUCCCAGCUUGAGCUUCUCAUAGGAGGACCACCUGAACCCUACAGGAGUCAGCAUCAAUGUGACUGGACAGAAGAAGAGAAUGGCCAAGCUUCAGGUGCUAAACUCCACCCAGUCGUGGUAUCUGGGGCUGCCUUUCCUCCCGAUGAUGGCCAGCAGGUCAUCCCUGCCCAGGGGAAAACCCAUGUGAAGACAGAGAAAGGAAGCCAUCUACAAGCCAGGAAGAGCGUCCUUGCCAGAAACCAACUCUGAUAGCACCUUGAUCUUGGACUUCUAGCCUCUAGA